AUGUUACGAGCCCUCGGAAGAACGGCUUACCUUACAGUCAGGUUUACGCCACAGAUUCGACAUCCAAAUUUUAUUGCCAGUUUGCAUAGUUUCGAUCCAAUUCGAUGGUCUGAUCAAAUCCGUUGGAAUAGCAGCAAUGCAAAUCCACAACGAAAAGGAUUUCUAGGAAAACUUAUUGAUAAUGUCAAAGAAGAAUUAGAAAAGAAUAAAGAGCUGCAGGAACAUCAAAAACAGUUAAAGAAGCGUAUGGAAGAAUUGAACGAAAGUGAAGCAUUGAAGGAUGCCAGGAGGAAAUUUGAAAUCGUCGAAAAAGAAACGUUGAAAAGUUCUCAAGUGGUAAAGGCGAAGAUCGAAGAAUUGAGCGAACAAUUGAGCAAGGUGAGACUUUGUCAGAAAAUUUGUCCAUUCUCAAUGCUGUUCUCUCUUCUGAUUAUAUUUCCGUAA